CAAAAAAUGUACGCAUCUUUAUUGUAUAUGUGUAGGCAAUCGAACAGCUGAUUCUCGCAGUUUAAUGUUAGCAUGGCGGAUAUUCAAGUAUAAUUCUCAUUAAAUUUUCAGUAUAUCGAUUUGCAAACGAGCAUCGUGUUGUUAUGGCUCUUAACACUCGUGAAUAAUUUGUGCAUGAAAAAAGUACGUGCCGGACUAUGCUGUGAGAGCCACAUUGGAUGCUGUGAUCAAAUUUGAAUUUUGCACAUUUAGCUGUAAAUUGAUAUUGCAUCUCGCAAUUUUCACCGAAGUUCGAAAAUUAUGGCCAAUCCGGCAGUUAACACCACUAAUGGAUAUAAUUUUAAAGUAGUUCUGCUUGGGGAAGGAUGUGUCGGCAAGACUUCGGUUGCUCUUCGAUAUGUCGAGGACAAGUUCAAUGAUAAACAUAUUACCACGCUACAGGCUUCCUUUCUCAAUAAAAAAUUAAACAUCAAUGGUAAAAGGAUUAAUCUAGCGAUAUGGGAUACAGCUGGACAAGAGAAAUUUCACGCAUUAGGACCAAUUUAUUACAGAAUGUCCAACGGUGCCAUUCUUGUUUACGACAUUACAGACGAAGAUACUUUCCAAAAGGUCAAAAACUGGGUAAAGGAAUUGAAGAAAAUGUUGGGGAGCGAGAUAUGCUUGGUAAUAGCGGGCAAUAAAAUGGACUUGGAGAAAGACAGAAAUGUUUCUAUAGAGGAGGCGGAAGAGUAUGCCAAACAAGUAGGCGCUAUGCAUUUUCACACAUCGGCCAAAUUGAAUCAAAACAUUGAAGAAAUGUUCUUAGAUUUAACGCGACGCAUGAUGCAACGCGCGGAUGAAGCAGAGCAAAAAUCUACUCUGACGAGGACUAACAGUGCACGUCGAAACGUAGUUAUGGUAGAGGACGAGACGGAACAAACUCAACCAAGCAGAGGUUCUUGCUGCAGUGGUGGCGGCGGCGGCGGCAGCAGCAGCAGCAACAACAACAGCGGUGGUGGUGAUUUCUCGUAGAUCUCUUGAAAUUUCAUAUUUCGUUUCUGAUAAAAGAGGUCUAAUCCACAAUCGAUCAAUGCACCUUGAACGUGUGACGAAUAUCUGAAAAAUAUUGUCUGAGAUACGAAUUUGUUGUUACUACGAGUGCGAAUCAUCUGUGCACGCAGCUAUGUGUGUGUAUGUAUGUGUGUGUGUGUUAUGUAACACAUACGUAGGUAUGAAUGCGUGAACGUGUGAACAACCAAAAAGACGCGUGUGCCGUUCCGAGGUAUUGUAUAACAAAUUAUUCAGCGAAAGAUUAACCAAUCACCAGAUAAAAGGAUAAGACUAGACAACACAAUUCUGUCGUGAAAGUUUUUAAAGACUCGGAAACAGGAAUCGUUUCUCAUUUUUUUACUCAAACCCGAUAAGUUUGGAGUAAUGUACAUAUGUUACGUGCGUCUAUAGUUUUAUUGUACAAUAUUAUAUAAUUUGCAAUAUCUCGUUUCUUUUGUUUUUUUUUUUUUUUUACUAAAUAAGUUUGUAAUGAGGAUUUAUCGUGUCGGAGGUUUUGAAAUUUUAAUUCUAGCGAUAUAUAGAAAUUGUUGUGUAAAAAAAAGAUUAAAUUAUUGUUAAUUGUAAGUUACUUCGCUACGCAACGUGUUAUUCCAAUAUUAUUACCUCAUUGUUCGUCGUAUUCGUCGAGGGUGUUUGCCAGCGGGUUUUUUGUUUGUAAACUGUAAAUAAAACUAUGAGGACCUACAAAUAACAUGUUUUAUUACACGUUCUUUUGUUUUUUUUUUUUUAUGUAACAACAAGGAAUGUAAGUGGCGUCAGUUCUAUUAUACAAAUCUAAGUCGUCGUUAUUAUAACAAAUUAAAAUUUCACGAAGAAGAAAUAAGUGUCUUGAUCGAGGAAAACACACGGAAUUUCGUUUGCCAGUUGUUUUUCUUUCGCCAGAACAACAUUUUGUUAAUUCACAUCGUUAUUACGUUAUUAUUGUUAUUAAACGAAUAGAUGUGUUUGUUUAUAUUUCGUUCAGAAUUAGUAAUAGAUCGUACAUGUUCCGUCUGUGUUAUAUAUAUAUACAUAUAUAUAUAUAUAUGUGGAUAAUUUUUAUCUCCGUAUCUCUCCUGUAUUUUCACUUAAAUAUAGUAUCGCGUAUACUACAACAUUUGUUAGACCACAACUAUUGUUGAAUUUAUAAAUUGGGUGUUACAAUAUACAUGUAAAUACAACCCUGUAUGUGUGUGCGAGUAAAAGGAUCACUCAGAAUUUUCGACUGUACACGCAAACAAAAUGUGAACGAAUUUUGUUUCUUUUUGUAAUAAAAAAAAAAAAAAAAAA